UCCCGACGUCACCGCAUCAAAUCAACUACGCGGGGGUCCGGCUGUAAAUCCUCCACUUGCGCUCCGAGCGGCUGGCUGAGCGCAUCCCGGAACGCAUGAAGCGCAUUCGCGGUGACGCACGUGAACGCGCACUGAUACCGAGCCCCAGGAGCCGGGACGCCGCGUGCCUCCUUUUCCUUUUUGCCAUGUUCUUGUCUGUGUGUUUUCCGUCUCUAUGUUCAACGCAUGUCUCAUUAGGACUAAAGUGGACGUUUUUUUUUUGCUGUUCCUUUUCUCGGAGCAGCUUGAUUUGAAAUAGACCAAGGCUCAAAAUGGACGAAGGACGUGGGAACAACCGGACGCCGCCGCCCGACAACUGGACGUUUCACAACUCGUCGGCGGAGCCCGCGGCGCCCGGCAGCAACGUGACCUACGUGGGAUUCUACCUGCACCAGCCGUCCACGGCGGCCAUCUUCAUCGUGUCCUACAUGCUGAUCUUCCUCGUGUGCAUGGUGGGAAACGGGGUGGUGUGUUUCAUCGUGCUGAGGAGCAGAAACAUGCGGACCGUCACCAAUCUGUUCAUCCUGAACCUCGCCGUGAGCGACCUCCUGGUGGGGAUUUUCUGCAUGCCCACGACACUUCUCGACAACAUAAUCACAGGGUGGCCUUUUGGAAGCCUGGUCUGCAAAAUGAGCGGCAUGGUUCAAGGGAUCUCCGUGUCAGCGUCCGUCUUCACGCUGGUGGCGAUCGCUGUUGACAGAUUCAGGUGCAUCGUCUACCCGUUCAAGCAGAAGCUGACUAUAUCCACCGCCUCCCUGAUAAUAGUCAUUAUCUGGGUCCUGGCCAUAUCCAUCAUGUGUCCCUCCGGCGUGAUGCUGCAGGUGACCAAGGAGCAAACCAUCCGGGUGCUGCUGGGCUACGACAACAAGACCAGCCCGUUCUACUGGUGCCGGGAGAACUGGCCCAACCAGGACAUGAGGAAGGUUUACACCACCGUCCUGUUCGCCAACAUCUACCUUGCUCCCCUCUCGCUCAUCGUGGUCAUGUACGCCCGGAUCGGCGUCACGCUCUACAAGUCGGCGGUCCCGACGGGCGGGAAGCCGGGCCAAGAAAACCGCCACUCCGUGUCCAAGAAGAAGCAGCGGGUGAUCAAGAUGCUCCUCAUAGUGGCGCUGCUCUUCAUCCUCUCCUGGCUGCCGCUGUGGACGCUCAUGAUGCUGAGCGACUACGCCAGCCUGACCGAGCCGCAGUACCGCAUCAUCAACAUCUACGUCUACCCCUUCGCCCACUGGCUGGCGUUCUUCAACAGCAGCGUCAACCCCAUCAUCUACGGCUUCUUCAACGAGAACUUCCGCCGGGGGUUCCAGACCGUGUUCAAGUUCAGCCUGUGCGCGGCGGACGGGCAGCGGCGGAAGUCCUACUCGCACCGGCUGCAGGCGAACUCCGUGCUGCCCGCCAACCACGCGCAGACCACCCAAGAGCCCAUCUCCCUCAACAGCGUGGAGAAGAACUCGACCAGGCGAGUCAACCACGUCAACGAGCCCGACCGGGUGAUGGAGGACCAGGACAAGGCGUCCGGCAGCAGCGGGGGGGUGACCGCCGUGUCCAUUUGAGGGAGCCGCAUAGGCGCUGAGCAAAGGGGGGGUGGGGGGGGGGGGUCAAAAGGUAAAAUAAGGUAUAAAGAGGAGGAAGAACUGGCUAAUAAGACGUGUGAAGCAUUCGCUCUGUUAUCUGUCCUGCACACGCCACCUCGGAGCGGUCGCCAAAUUUGCCAGUUGGAAGAGGGAGCGCUGCCUUUGAACCUUUCCUUAUCACCUUUAAGCCGCACGCGUCCUGAGCUGCACGCUUUGUGCCGCGCGCUCGGCGGAGGCGGGUAGCGGCCCGCUCGGGAUUAUUAGAUACCGUCGAGGAGGAAACACGUCUCGUUGGACGGCACAUCGCUCAUCGACCAACGCGGAACCAUCCUGCUCCAUCGCGCACCUUUUGUCACCCGUACAAAUGUGUAAAGAGGCAUCGAACAAGAGCAGCAGAGCAGAUUUCAAAAGCUUAAACCCCUCACACAGAUAGUGAUAGUUAAACGUCCUUGUAUGGUGGCGCAUCAGAUGCAUUUUAUUCAACGCUGGUACUUAUUGAAGAGGAAAACCUUAGUGGCCUGUGGAGCUGCUGUGGGAGCUUCGAAGACCCUAAAUCAACGACAGAAUCUUUCAGGCGUCUUGGUCGAACAGCACAAUUUACAACGCUACAGUAAUACAAGCGACCCUCGUUAGUGCACAAACCCCAACCUUCUCUGAAACAACGGUUUCAAACUGAGACCGGCUGCUGGGGAGUAACCGGUUAAAUGCAGCCGGACAUUUCUCAUCAAGGCUCCUGCAGCACGUCGAUGGCUGAGGCUCAUUAUGCUGAUCAGGAAGGUCACUAUCUUUUUGGGAUGAUAUUGGAGUACACGUCUCCCCUAAGAAACGCCGUGGGGCGAUUUGGCCAUAAGCCCACAGAGAUGGAAGGAGACGCCCAUGUUUCCAGCGUUUGAACUGAUCGCUUUUAAAUUGGACUCAAACACCUUUUGUAGAGUGAUAAACGAUUGAUUUGGAUCGUUUGCGAGCCAUCUACUCAAAACGUGGUCUUUUUAUUCUGAAAUCUGCUCUGCAAACAUGUAAAUAGAACGUGUUAUUUACCCAUGAAUAUAUCACGAGCCUGUAACGAAUGUGCCAAGUUUCAUUUAGACCUUUUAUGAACGGUGUUGUACAGUAAACGGGAAACAACGGCGGUCCGGCAUCGGUCCCAAAAACAUGUAUCGUCUGCUGAGAGUCUGUUGCGUGAUGCUGUGAAUCCGUCUGUGUGAACUGACUAUUUGGACCAUUCCUGCAGGGAAGCGUCCACAACUUGGUCUCAACAGGUGUUUUACAGAUCUCUGCUGUUGGUGGCGUCUGUUUUUAAAACGGCCUAUUUUGAAAAUUUUGUUUUGCUGAGAUGUAAAAACUGCGAAAGGAAAAACGGACAAACUUAAAACUGAAGAGUUGAAAAAGCUGUGAUUGACGUGGUUCUCUCUGGCGGCCGGGUCUCUUUCUGCUGCCCUGAUGUCUUUGAUCGAACUUUGACGGAUUCUCCUGAUUCAUCGUGAGACAUCGGGCUUUAAAUCACUGCAGCUCAGCAGAUUCUUCAACAACCAUUUAUAAGUUGGCGGUAUCAAACUCCAUAAUCCUUACAUUACGCAACAACAGGAAGAGAAAAAUAUGCAAAUAACUGCAUUAAAACACGGAGUAACAGGCAGGAAACGGAUUCUUAAAAAUUCAUUUCAAAUCAGUCUUCACACAGUCUAGUCUCCAUGCUGGUGCUUGGUGUUCGGCCUCAGUCAUUCCGCUGCUUCUUGCUCUGCAUCCAGCAGUGAGACCUCAGAAAGAACCCUCCAUCUUUUUGGUUUUGGCUUGUCGACCUGUCACACCCCCGAUCUGCCCCCUUCUCGUAGAGCCAGCCCUCAUCUCCACGCCGAAUACCGCCGCUCACUCGGGGUCGUCGCUGCUGAAGACGCAGAGCGGCCUCGGUGAGGCCCCCUCCCCCACCGGGUCACGGCCCCGGGACGGGAUGCCAUUUAGUCGGGUGGCGAGUCUUUUAAAUGCAGUGAAAGCAGCUAUUUUACCAGCUCAGAACCAAGUGGAACCACCGAGCUGAACAACUGGAUUUAAAGGGCCGAGUCACAGCAUGAAAACACCAGGAGAUCAUGUUGCUUUGUUCCAUUUUGCUCCGGCUGGGUGAUGUUAGAUACACAAACCAUAUUUAGGGAAAUGUCAACAAUUGUAAUCGCUUUUUCACAAGUGCGAAAAAUGCUUAAAGCAAUUUACUAGUUACUAAUUCAGAAAUUAGGUCUUAAGUUUGAGUUGGAUCAGUAAUUAAAUCAUCAACAUCAAUCAUUAGUUGCCAGUUUAACAUAUUUUACGCUUAUUGACACUCAAGGCCUCGUGUUGAGUUGAGGUUCAGUAACCGACUCUACUCACAACUUCUAAUUCUAAGUAUAAUUCUAUAGAGACAAUAAAACAGAAGAGAAAACAUUCAAAACAUUUCCUGUUUUAAUUUAAGUUUGUUUCUAUUUUGCAGCAGUUUUAAGUAGCAAUUUCAAUUUAAUUCCUGCCAGAGAAGUCAGGUGUCAUUUAAAAACACCUCUGGACCUUUGAUGGAAUUCAAAGCUUCGCUUGUGGGAAAUUCAGCACAAACAAAGAUGUUAAAUGUGAAACUCCAGUAUUAUUGAAUGUAAUGAAUUUGUACUUUCUGGUGCCUGUGGUGAAAAAAACCUCUGCUUCUCUGCUUAAUUAUAAUUUUUUUCAACCACGUAUUGAUUGAUUACUGUGAACGUCCUUUUGGGAUCCAGAGACUCUUGGUACCUGCGUGUAGUCUGCAUGUGUAUAUCUGGUGUAUUAGCAUGUGGGGGUUUUUGUGUCUGCAACUACACGUUCUUGAAUAAUGUUUAAUGCCAAUUUUAAAGAUUUAUUUAUCGGGACACAAAGAUCAAUUGCUGUUUUUACAGACAGGCAGAUGGGAAGAUUGUUUUAUCUGAAAGGAGGUCAAUGGUGUCCUAUUUAAUUGUGAAGGGCUAUUCAAUAGAUUUUAUAUUAACUUUGAUUGUCUGCAAAAAUAUAUAUAACUGCAAGGUUCAUAUUCAAGGUUCUGGGUAUGAAAAUACGCUUGUGAAUUCCACUGCUGUGAUUUAAUUUUCACAUAAUCUGAUGUGAUUAGCUUUAUUUGAAUGAGAUUGAGAAUUUAAUUGCAAAACAAUUUAACUGAUGGUAGAAGGCAAACUUUCAUGAUGAAAUUUAAAUACCAACCAGAUUUUACCGCGAAUCUCACAGAGGAGCAAAGAGUUGAAUACAUAACAUUAUAUUUGCCGUACAGAGGCAAUGAUAGAUAGAUUGAUACUUUAUUGAUCCCUCAAGAGGGAAAUAUUGGUAUCACAGCAGCAUGUACAGGGAAGAAAAUAGAAUAAAAAGAUACACAUUAUAUACAAUAUAAUAAGAUAGAAAUAUUACAUUCUUAAAUUAAAUUAAAUAAACUAAACUGAAACAAAAGAAUUAAAUAUGAGAGCUAAUAACAAAAGCCUUCUCCUCACAUCCGUGACCAGGUUUAGCAACAACACGUGUGCGAGGUGAGACGUGAUGCAGGGAGUCCGCUCGCAGUGGCGGAUCACUGCGUUUGAAGGCUGGUGAAUACAGACGGGGUUCUACAACCAUGGAAAGUAAUCACGGCCGUGAGUGUUUUUAAUUUAGCUGUAAACGGGGGAAACAGAGUGAAAACUCCAUUCAAAUGCCAGAGACGAAAGGGGGCUUUCGUGUGAUCUAAAACGUGGCCUCACAGCGGCUGCUCACACAAAAGUCACCGUGAAAAGAAAAAGCCGGAGGGCCGUCUGGUGAAUAGAAAGAGGGGCCAUAAUGUGAAGAAUAAACGAUAAGACGUCCUGAUUAAAGGUAAACCCCCUCGGCCGGGUUACCUUCAUGCAUCGGCGCGGCUCGCAGAGGAGCUUCACUCUCACCCGGGGAACCAAAGAGAAAACGGAAUUAAAUUGUCAUCCUUUAAAAAAAAUAGUGUUUCUAAGUGGUUUAAUGUUUAUUUCACCAGUGAGAGCAGCACAUGUAAAACGGCUUAAUAAAAACAAGUUUGUACUCAGAAUAAGCUCAAAGCUCAUGUUCAAUGUCAGUGAAUGAUUCAAUGUGGUUAUUUGGAAGCAAAAUAAAAUGAAACUGAAGCAAUAUCGUCUUUGACAACCCAUUAAUUCCUAUAUUUGAUUUAGCUUAUAAUAUGAUUGAUACGUUUUAAUUAGUUCAAAUGACAGGGUAAAUCUUAUUUGAGUUGUUUUGACCUUGAAUAAAAGAUGUUGUUGUGUUGUUGUCCGGGGUCACAAUAAGGCUGCAUGUGUCCUUCUCCUGCAUACAUGUUGUUUAGUUCUUAGUGCUGUCAGUUGUGCACCAUUAAGUGUCCUCAAACGACCCCUCGGUGUACCUGAGUCAUGACAAGAACCACGUCCGUUAUCCUCUUAAUGUAUGAAGUUACCAAACGACACCCACUGCGUUGGAAACGGUUUCUGACGCGCCCUUUAAAUCAGUUGCGUUGUUUCCCGUCUUCGGCCGGCGGCCUCCUUCUGUCUUUCUGUGCUCUGCUCUGGCUAACUAACUACCAGACAGCCGGCUAGUUAGCUUGCCUGCUAAUUCUGCCAUGCUACUGUUGGGCCGAUGGCUAGUGGCUAGCUACCAAGUAGCUAGCUAGUGGCUACGACAACAUCUGAGGGCCCCAUUGGUGUGUUUGCCACCUUAAGAACAAUUGCCUUUGUCUUGUGUUGCCGUGGUUACCAUCCACCACCCCAACCUUCCUUAUCUGAAAUUUGGGAAAGAUAAGAAAUGCAAUCGAUGCCCCCCCCUGCAGUCUGGACCAUAAUCAGACUGUAUUACAAAGUAUAAUCCCCUUCAUGCUACGUAACAGAAAAUGAAUCAAUGGUCCCUUGCAGGGACAUGGAUUUAAUUCAUCUGGUCACUGAGUGUAUAUUUAUUUUAUUAUGGUAUAUUUUAUUAUUAUGAGUCAAUGGGUAUAAAAAAAUAAUAAGAAUUGUGGUUGUGUUUUUGCUUUUCAAAAUUGUCACGCUGUCUUGCCUUUGUAUGAAGAGAUAUUUAAAAUUUGUGCCCAAACUGUAAGAGGGUGCCUGCAAAAUGUCCAAAUGGUCAUAAAUAAAGAUAACGUUCUUAACACAUUGACAAUAAAAGUUUUAAAAUCUC